ACAUGAAAAGCACUUAUCUCUCCCAUUCAAUGCUUUACCAAACACACCCCAACACUCUUACUUCUUCUUUUCCAUAACAACAACAACAAAAAAAAAAACAUAUCUUUUAAUUAUUCUCCUUUUCAUUUCUUCCUAAUUAAUUUCUCUGUUUGUUUUCAAUGGAGUGUGUUCAAGGUGCUUUGAAAAGCAGUUUCAUUUCUCUCAACAACCACCACCAAAACCAACUCUCCGUUAACGACGACUUAACGGCCGUUAAUUCCCUCCCUUGUGACGACCUUUUCGUUGACGGCCUUCUUGAUUUCUCAGACGCCGGUGACUUCGAGGCAGAACAACCACCAACACCACAACCGCAAAACGACAAUACCCUUGUCGUUUUUGACACAAACAACGACGGCGAAACAACCCCCAUUUCUCCGGCUAACCAAACCACCACCGCCGCCGCCACUACCACCACAAGUUUGACUGACCUUUUACUUCCGGCGGAUGACGUGGCGGAACUUGAAUGGGUGUCUCAUUUUGUGGAUGACUCAUUUUCCGGUGGAUAUUCUUUAACAUGUCCGGCAGUAAAGGUUCUUGAAAGAAAGCCAAAACCUGAACCUGAAAGUUUUCAAACCGGGUUUGAAAAACCAAACUUAACAACUCCGGUUCACACAAAAGCAAGAAGCAAACGGGCAAGAACUGGCGGUCGGGUUUGGUCACUCGGGUCAAACCCGUUAACUGAUUCGUCGACUUCAAGUUCUUCAUCCACUUCUUGUACUUCAAACCCAUGGGUUUUUUACCAACAAGAAUGCACUCAAACCGCCGAGUCAAUCUUUGGAAAAAGCCCGGUUCAUAAACCGAGGAAGAAAAAAAGUUCAUUUCUUGUGGGUACAAUGGUGCCGGUUCGUGGACCAGUUCAUGUACCGGUUCAGUCUCAGCCGCCUAGGCGGUGUAGUCAUUGUCAUGUACAAAAAACCCCACAAUGGAGAGCCGGUCCAUUAGGUGCAAAAACGCUUUGUAAUGCUUGUGGGGUCCGGUUUAAGUCCGGUCGGCUGUUACCGGAAUAUAGGCCGGCGUGUAGUCCGACUUUUUCAAGUGAAAUGCACUCGAAUAACCAUCGGAAAGUCUUGGAAAUGCGGCAGAAGAAGGAAGCCGGUUUAACUUAUCCGGUUCGGAGUUUUUGAAGAUGAAAUUUUAGGUAGGAAAUAGGGAAAAAGGUUAGUAUUUGGUAGGAAAAACCGGGUUUAGUUAGUGUUUCCCGGUUUUGAGCGGUAGGUUUCAUGGCAACUGAUUAUUAGUAGACUUUUAAUGUAACUUUCAAUUAUUAAAGUUGUUUUUUAUUACUUUUUA